GGAAGAGCAGAAGCGAGCCAGAUAGAAAGAGAGAUAGAGGGUGUGAGGGAGAGAAAGGGAGAGGAGGAGAGAGAAGGAGGAAGAGCGAGAGAAAAAUAGUUAGAGGAGGAGCGCGGGGUCGGAGGGGAGGCUGAGUGUUGGUUUCACCUCCUAAUCGGUUUCCCUUGGAGAUCUGUCAUCGACUGCAGUGGAGGAGCAUUAGAGGGAGCAGGUACGGGAAGGGGAGAGGACGCUAUUACAUCUCAGCUCCGUGACUUCGCCCGUACAUCUCUUCACCCAUCCAGCCAUCCAGAGGAGGAUCAGCGGACGAGUGUGGAGCGGUUCUCCGCCAUACAUGCCCAAGGCACAGCAACAGAGCGGCGCUGGUUGCCAGGAGACAGCUGCAGACUGAAGCCAUGGAGACGCCCCUCUGCACCCCACACGACAUCCAGAUCUGCGAGGUGACCUGCGACUCGUUCCGCAUUGGGUGGGACAUGACCCCGGAGGACACGGCGCGCGCCACACACUUCUUCAUCGACCUGAGCCGCAAGGAGAGCCGCGACCCCAACCGCUUCAAACACAGGGACGUGCCGACCAAGCUGGUGGCCAAAGCGGUGCCCCUCCCCAUGGCCGUGAGAGGCCACUGGUUCCUGAGCCCCCGGACGGAGUACUGCGUUGCGGUGCAGACCGCCAUCAGACAGGCCGACGGCGACUACCAGGUCUCAGAGUGGAGUCAGGUGGUGGAGUUCUGCACAGGAGAUUACGCCAUGGAGCAUCUGCAGCAGCUGCUGGACAAGGCCUCAGGCUCCACCGGGAGGCUGCUGAAGUUCUCUGUGUUCUACCGCAACCAGCACCCGGACUACUUUGAAAACGUCAGAAGCGAGUGCGGAGGACUCAUGCGACCUUCACUGAAGGACAACAGCGGGAGUCACGGCUCCCCCAUCAACGGCAAGCUGAGCGGGGUCUUCCUCAGCUGCAACACCGAGUUCGACACGGGCCUCCCCCCUAAGGACUCCCCCUACGGGUCCCUGCGCUUCCAGGUCCCCGCAGGAAGCCUGCUGGACGCCAACACCAGCCUCUACUUCGCGGACUUCUACUGCAUGUACACGGCGUACCACUACGUGGUGCUGGUGCUGGCCCCCGGCGGCUCAGACGGGGACAACUUCUGCCGCGGUCGGCUGCCCAAGCUGGACCUCUCGUCCAACCCCUUCCUGACGUGCAUCGCCCCCGAGGCGCCGGGGGAGGAGCCCCUGUUCUGCCACGCCAGCGACGUGAUCCUGGAGGUGCUGUACACGGAGCCGCUGCAUCUGGAGACAGGCACGGUGGAGCAGAUCAGCGGGCACCACCAGCUCAUGAGUCUGACCACGGCCAACGCCAAGAAGGACCCCAGCUGCAAGGUGUGCAACAUCAGCGUAGGGCGCUGAGUGGACACAGUAGGCGGACACAGUAGAAUGGGAGAGCAGGUCUACUGUCUGCACUCUACCACUGAACAAUGCCCAGGGCUGGUGGUGGCAGAGCCCGUACUGAAUAGUGUGAAACACUGGGAACACGAUUUGAACGGAGCCCAAAAGGUUCCCCGUGGACCUCUUUGUCUUCCCAGACUAGAACGUUUUAUGUUUACAUUGUGUAAUGCACUUCCCUGCAUCCUUCUGGCUACUCCUAUACCACUGGUAUUAUACAUGUCUACCUGUGUGACUCUUUAGUCAUGUCAGAACUAGGCUUUAUAUCAUUAUUGUACUUUUCUUUUUACCACUUUCACAAUUAUUUAAGACCUCUGCUUUUGUUUUAGAAAUUUGCAUUGAUGUGUUGCCCCUUGCACCUGCUGUAUAUUCAUGUUGUAAUGUAAAAUCACGUGGGUUAUAAACACUCCAAACUUUGAGGAACCAGGAA